AUGAAAUUUGUCUCCGAGGUUUCUCCAGGAAUGGGGAUCAAUAAGGUAUCUCAGUUCAUGAGCCGUGCUGCACGCCUUAACGAAGCGUUCUCGGUAGUGAAGCGGGUUCCUGUCAUACGACCAUCGCUGCCAGCAGCGGGGUUGACACCAUGGCCUGUGAUGAGUUUGAGAUGA